AUGGAAAAGAACGCGACAGAGCUCCGCGCCUCCCUCGCCGCGCUGCUCCCUGAUGAUCCCAGGCAGUGGAUAUAUAACAACAAACCGACUGCACUCGACGCACAUCUCGUGCCUUUUAUUGCUCGGCUGACUGACGUUGGGUGGGCGAACCUGAUUCCCCAGAAAUUGCGCGAAUAUGCAAGCUGGGCAUGGCAGGGGCACGAAUGGUCCACCCUGAUGGCUGGUCGAACGCCUAUGGUCCCUCCGCGAUGA